AUGAAGACCAUAAGACUCGAUCGUAAACGAUUCAUCGUCUCCUCCUUCUUUCUCUUCUGUCUAUCUCUAUUAGCUUCCCUCAACGAUUUUCGAAUAUUGGAUAGCUUACUAAACUUCAGAAGAUGUGCAUUUCCAUCCUCUCCCUUCCAAUAUUUUUACAAUUCAUCUUCCACUAAUUUUCUAGCAGAACAGAAUUCUUCCUCCGGCGACAUCAGGAUACUAAUUGGAAUCCUAACAAUAGCCGAUCAAUACGAUCGCCGCCAAUUCUUACGCCUCAUCUAUGGCACACAAUCUAUCCCAACCGGCGCCCAAGUCGACGUGAAGUUUGUGUUUUGCAAUCUAACCAAGGAAGAGCAGAAGGUAAUUGUAGCGCUGGAGAUAAUGCGUUACGAUGACAUUGUUAUCCUGAAUUGUAAAGAGAACAUGGACAAUGGUAAGACCUACACUUACUUCUCAAGCUUGCCCGAAUUAUUCAACGCGGCUGGCCGGCCUAAUCCUCCGUACGAUUACGUGAUGAAAGGAGAUGAUGAUACUUAUAUUAGGCUACCAAAAUUGGUGGAGUCAUUAAGGCCAUUACCUAGACAAGAUUUGUACUAUGGUUUUGUUGUUCCAUGCUCUACUAUGGACCCUUUUAAAGGUAAGUACAUGGCAGGGAUGGGGUACUUGGUUUCGUGGGACAUUGUGGAGUGGAUUAGGGUUUCUGAUAUCCCCAAAAACCAUUUGAAAGGACCUGAAGAUAGAGUAUUUGCAGAGUGGCUUCAAGACGGUGAUCGCGCAAAGAAUCGGUUCAAUGCUAAGUGGUCUAUGUAUGAUUUUCCUGAGCCUCCUACAAGAUGCACACAUGAGUUUUGGCCGGACACAGUUGCCGUUCACAAGUUGAAGAAUCUGGAGAAGUGGGUUAGGACAUUGAAGUACUUUAAUGUUACUGAUAAUCUUAAGCCAUCUAAGUUGUAUCAUAUACAAUAGCAAUUAUCUUACCAUGUGUAUGAUUGAUCAUUCUUUUUAAUACAUAUUAUAAGAGAUUUUUCACUCAAUAAAAAAUGAUUGUUUUGGCGAUUCA